GGGGCUCCGGGGGCAGGGCUGCCAAUCACCCACCCACACAGUAUUUCUCUUGGUUCCCUGACUAAACUCGGAGCUGCGAGCAGCACGGAAUAAAGCCGAGCGGACUCCCAGUACAGACCGGUUCCUCGCAGCUUAUACCUGUCUGACACAUUCCGUCACUCCCACAAAGCGGCUGUACGUAUUGCGUCACCGCGCUGGCCUGCGUCUGGCCGUGACGUCACACUCUCGCGACAUGAGCCCUGUGACGUGUGGAUUAGCCGUCCGGCAGGACCCGAGGAGCGGGGCAUUCACCGAGCUGCGGGACGUUUGAACUGACAACCGGGACUGUCCCGCCAAAAGCGGCACUGCUGGGCGGUAUGCAGGCAGGAGAGGCAGGGAAGGACAGGCCGGAGAAGACAGAAGGAGGAGGAGGAGAAGCCAGGAUGAGUAAGAAGGCUCCAAGCCGCCCUGGAAUCACUUUUGAAGUUGGUGCCCGUUUAGAAGCACAAGACUACUUACAGAAAUGGUACCCAUCAAAGAUAGAGAAAAUAGACUUCGAAGAGGAGAAACUGUUAAUACAUUUUGAGCGCUGGAGUAGUCGAUACGAUGAGUGGAUUCACUGGGAGAGCAGCCGGCUCCGCCCUCUCGAGAAGCCUUCAUUGAGGAAGGAGGGGAUUAGAGAUGAUGAAGAAAACUAUGAUUUUAAAGAAGGAGAAGAAGUGUUGGCACGAUGGACUGAUUGCAGAUAUUACCCAGCCAAGAUUGAAGCUAUAAACAAGGAAGGAACUUAUACUGUACAGUUUUAUGAUGGGGUCAUUCGAUGUCUGAAGAAAAUGCACAUUAAAUACAUGCCAGAAGAUGCAAAAGGACAGGAUUGGAUUGCACUUGUAAAAGCAGCCGCAGCAGUGGCAGCAAAGAAUAAAUCAGGGAACAAGCCCAGGACCAGCAUUAACAGCAAUAAGGACAAAGAGGAGAGGAAGUGGGGCAAAGGGCUGUCCAAGAAGGAGGAGCCAGUUCUGUGCAAAGCCCUUGGCAUCUUCCAGAAAGAAGAGGAGGAGCCUACAUCUAGCAGGAACCUGGAUGUUGCUUUCUCGGAGACUCCAAAGAUCUGUAUUCAGCCACCACCGGACGAGUUAUUACUGAAGAGAAAACUUAGUCAGACAAGUUCGUUUCAAGCAAAGAGAGCUCGUCUGAACAAAAUCACAGGAUUAUUGGCAUCUAAAGCAGUUAGUUUGGACGACGCAGAAAAGAAGGACCGUGUCUCAGAAAAGGCAUCCAGGCUGGAGGAGGCGAUUUCUCCCAAACCUCAGAAACAAAAUGAAGGUGACAUUAGCCACCCUUGCAGCACACUGAAGCCCACCCUGCUCCCGGCAGCUUUGUCUUCAGGGAAAGCUCGCAACAGGAAAGACAAACGUGACCUUGGAGAUGCCUCAGGGUGUAAAAAGAUUCCCAUGUCCCCUAUUGUUCCAGACUUAACGCAAGGUUCGGCAGCGCCGGUCAGUCUCGCCAAGUCUUUGGGGCGCAAGAAUCGAAGGAGGCCUCAGAGAUCAAGCAAUCCAUUGUCCGAGGAUUUCCCCUGCCCUUCAUUCAUCCAAGGCAAAGGAUUGCAGAGGGGCCCUCACACCCAGCAAGGCCUUUCAGUAGCCACGGUACGUAGCGAUGCCUGUGUUCCACCAGAGAAGUCGGAACCUCUGGAUCUGAGCCGCAGUGCGGAACCCACGGCGCCUUUAUUGCCUGAAUCCUCUGUCCGCGUGAUCUGCCCCAGUAAAGAGAAGGAAAAUAUACAAAGCAUAUCCUGUUCUUCCAAAGCAGUUGCAGACAGCAGUGGGGCCCCUGCCUCACCAGCUUCAUCGCCUCACAUUCAUGCCUUAAAAUCAGCACUGCCCAACAGUGUUAAACCUGCAAAGGGAAAUAGAAAGAAGAAAUCUUCUGCGUCAGAAGGAACAGAAAAACCACUGCCUGCUGGGGGGACAGACAAAGCCCCUAAUAAUGUACAGGAAAAAGUCACAAAGAAAGGGAAUGAGGACAAGCAUUCAGAUGUUGGGGUGGUAAAAGAAAAGAAAGUGAAAAUUGAAGAGAAAAUGACAUCAGUUGGGAAAAAGAAAGAUAAAGACAAGGAUCGGAAAGAGAAGAAAGAGAAGGAUCACUCCAAAUCCAAACAGAAAAAGAAGAAAAAGAAAAAAAAGAAAUCAAAGCAGCACGAAUAUUUAGAUUUCGAGGAGGCUUCCAUGGACUUCCAAGACAGGACUUCCUCCCCAGUGACGCUCACGUCCUCCGGCACUUUAUCGCUCCGCAACACAUUAACUGUGAAGAAUAAUUCAUUUCAGUUCCCACGAGCCAUCCUGUCUGUCGAUCUCACUGGAGAAAAUCUAUCUGAUAUGGAGUUUCUGGAUGAUUCUUCUACGGAAAGCCUGAUUCUCAGCGGGGACGAGUACAACCAGGAGUUUGAUUCGGCCAACUUUGAGGAGUCGCAGGACGAGGAGGAAGCCGCGAAUGAGAUUGUGCGUUGCGUCUGUGAAAUAGACGAGGAGAAUGGUUUUAUGAUUCAGUGUGAAGAAUGCCUGUGCUGGCAGCAUAGCGCCUGUAUGGGGCUCCUGGAGGAGAGUAUUCCUGAGCAGUACGUCUGCUACAUCUGCAGUGACCCCCCAGGUCAGAGGUGGAGUGCGAAAUACCGAUACGACAAGGACUGGUUCAACAAAGGCCAUCUGUGCGGCUUGUCUUUUGUAAAUGAGAACUACUCCUACCUGAACGCCAAAAAGAUCGUCUCCACUCACCACUUAGUGGCCGACAUCUUCAACAUCACCGAGAUCAUGUACGGGCUGCAGCUGAAGUUCGGCAUACUCAAGAAUAAGGACCACCCGGACCUUCGACUGUGGGCGUGUCCCGGGAAGCAGAAGGAGUGCGGAGAAACGAAUGAGAAAAGAACGUUUUGCAUUAACCAGUUGGACAGAACGACGUGUGGGCAAAACCAUGUAGGAUCCCCCAGUGAGCUCUGGAAAUCCGACGAGACAUACAUAACCAGCGAGCACAGUUAUCAGAAGCCUCUGGGCGGUAAUCUUGCCUGCAACGUGCCCACUGGCCCUGCCGGCUGCAACGAGGAGGCGGGAGCAGGCCUUGCCAACGAGAAAAGGGAAAUUCUGGGCGACACAAAAACAUGUUUACAAGGUUCUUUGAGGACAGAGAGGAGGAAUGAACAGAAUGUGUUGGAAGAGAAUAAAGUAGCAGUCUCCUACGAGAGGAAAGGAAUGGAGGAGCAAGUGGACUCCCAUCUUCAGUGGCAGCUGAACCUCUUGGCUCACAUAGAGAAUGAGCAGAACGAAGUCAGCAGCCGGAUGGACCUCAUAGAGAAGGAGGUGGACGUUCUAGAGAGCUGGUUGGACUUCACUGGCGAGUUGGAGCCGCCGGAUCCGCUUGGGAGACUGCCUCAGUUAAAGAGACGCAUGAAGCAGCUUCUUAUGGACAUGGGCAAAGUGCAGCAAAUAGCAACCAUAUGCUCCGUAUGACGAUGGAAAGGAAAGCUCGUGGCGCUCCGUGCCGAACUAUUUUGCUAUUUAGGAUACAAAAAGAAAAAAAAAAAAAUUUGUACGAGUUUUAUGAAACAAAUAUAUAUAUUAUUAGUAUUGAUCCUUUGCAAGGAUUAUUAAUACAUCCUUUUAAACCAGGAGAGAGAGAGAACCAGUUAGUAAAGAGAUGGGCAGCCCUAGCGAGCGGCGCAAGGAUUUUUUUCACGCUGUGCCGGAGAUGGCAGUUCCACGGGAGAAAGGACACUUCAAAAGCUCCGGUGUAUUUUAGCAUUUAAUUUUGGCCUCACAAACUUUAUAUUGCGAUCCAACAUGCCAAUUCUCAUUAAAGCAGCACUAAAUGUUCAAGCCAUAGAAUUCACCGAGGCUCCAUCUGUGGACCUCUAGCUGUUGUGGCAUAACUCCCAGAAUCCUCUGGUGGCAGCUGGAGGGCUGCAGGGUGGGUAUCUCUGAUAUGCAGAUGGGGCAGGUCAUGGAGAAUCAUCUGGCACUUGGUUAUGCCCCCUGGUGCAUUAUGUGUGCUAAUUACAUCAUUAUCGUUUGCUCCAUCUGUAGUUCUUUAGCUAAAGAUCAAAAAUAUGUAACUGCUGCGGUACCUACCGGUGGAGAUUCCGGACCUGGAUUUUAGCACUUUAUGGAUCCGCUCAGGGUGACAAGAAUAAAAGGAGGGUGAUAUAAUGUGUACUAUUCAACAGCAACCAAUCACCAGGCAGCUGGUGGCUUCCAUCUUUGCCAAUCCAGAUUUAUUUAUGUCUCCAAUUGGUCUGCACCAAAUCCAUAUCAUCAGUACCGAACAAGAAAGAAAGGAGUUAAUCCACAAGGCUAAGAGGGUUCAGAUGUGAUUUGACUGAACAGCAAGAAUGGAUUCCAAUCAUCCCUGGUCUCCACAUUGCUGUUUGGUACCAAGUCAUUCUGUGCCUAAUAUCUGCUUUUUUUUAGUCAUCUGUUUUUUUUCUUUUAAGUCCAAACAAAAAGUUGGACCCUGGGCCACUGAUUCCUUUGCUGAAAAACACCUAGGAUACUUCUCCUUUAAACAUUUCCCUGCCAUCCUCAGGGAUUUCCCAAGGAUCUAUUGCAGCUGCCCAGGACCGUUCAUAUGUGCAGUGUAGCAAAAUGGCCACUCUUGUAAAUCACUUUCAGUGUUACUUUACUGCACAUGUGAAGUGGCCAGGACAA